GGCGGGGCAGGUCCCAGCGCCCCGAGGAAGUGCCUGGUCGCUGCAGGGACUCCGGCCGAGUGCUCCUGCGAGUCCGGCCAUGGAGGCGGAGCCGCCGCUCUACCCGGUGGCGGGAGCCGCGGGUCCGCAGGGCGACGAGGACCGGCUCGGGGUCCCCGACGGGCCCGAGGCCCCGCUGGACGAGCUGGUGGGCGCGUACCCCAACUACAACGAGGAGGAGGAGGAGCGCCGCUACUACCGCCGCAAGCGGCUCGGGGUGCUGAAGAACGUGCUGGCGGCCAGCGUGGGCGGCAUGCUCACCUACGGCGUCUACCUGGGCCUCCUGCAGAUGCAGCUGAUCCUGCACUACGACGAGACCUACCGCGAGGUGAAGUACGGCAACAUGGGGCUGCCGGACAUCGACAGCAAAAUGCUGAUGGGCAUCAACGUGACACCGGUCGCGGCGCUGCUCUACACACCUGUGCUCAUCAGGUUUUUUGGCACCAAGUGGAUGAUGUUCCUGGCUGUGGGCAUCUAUGCCCUCUUUGUCUCCACCAACUACUGGGAGCGCUACUACACGCUCGUGCCCUCAGCCGUGGCCCUGGGCAUGGCCAUUGUGCCUCUUUGGGCCUCCAUGGGCAACUACAUCACCAGGAUGGCCCAGAAAUAUUACGAGUACUCCCAUUACAAGGAGCAGGAUGAGCAAGGCCCCCAGAAGCGCCCACCUCGGGGUUCCCAUGCGCCCUAUCUCCUGGUCUUCCAAGCCAUCUUCUACAGCUUCUUCCAUCUGAGCUUCGCCUGCGCCCAGCUGCCCAUGAUCUACUUCCUGAACCACUACCUAUACGAUCUGAAUCACACGCUGUGCAACGUGCAGAACUGCGGCACUAACAGCCACGGCAUCCUCAGCGGCUUCAACAAGACGGUCCUACGGACGCUGCCGCGGAGCCGAAACCUCAUCGUGGUGGAGAGCGUGCUCAUGGCCAUGGCCUUCCUGGCUAUGCUGCUGGUGCUGGGCCUGUGCGGCGCCGCCUACCGGCCCACGGAGGAGAUCGACCUGCGCAGCGUGGGUUGGGGCAACAUCUUCCAGCUGCCCUUCAAGCAUGUGCGCGACUUCCGCCUGCGCCACCUCGUGCCCUUCUUUAUCUACAGCGGCUUCGAGGUGCUCUUUGCCUGCACUGGCAUCGCCCUGGGCUAUGGCGUGUGCUCUGUGGGGCUGGAACGCCUGGCAUACCUGCUGGUGGCUUAUAGCCUGGGUGCCUCAGCCUCCUCCAUCCUGGGUCUGCUGGGGCUGUGGCUGCCACGCCCGGUGCCGCUGGUGGCCGGGGCUGGACUGCACCUGCUGCUCACGCUCAUCCUCUUUUUCUGGGCCCCCGCUCCUCGGGUCCUGCAACACCUCUGGAUCCUCUAUGCAGCAGCUGCCCUCUGGGGUGUGGGCAGCGCCCUCAACAAGACCGGGCUCAGCACACUCCUGGGAAUCCUGUAUGAGGACAAAGAGAGACAAGACUUCAUCUUCACCAUCUACCACUGGUGGCAGGCAGUGGCCAUCUUCACCGUCUACUUGGGCUCAAGCCUGCCCAUGAAGGCGAAGCUGGCGGUGCUGCUGGUGACGCUGGUGGUGGCCACGGCCUCGUACCUGUGGAUGGAGCAGAAGCUGCGGCGGGGAGUGGUCCCGCGCCAGCCCCGCAUCCCGCGGCCCCAGCACAAGGUGCGCGGCUACCGCUACCUGGAGGAGGACAACUCGGACGAGAGCGACGCGGAGGACGAGCACUGUGGCGGCGGCGGCGGUCGGGGGGACGGCGUGGAGGAGGAGGUGCCUCCCGUGGGGCCGAAAUCCGGCCCCGAACCAGCCGGCCUCUGCCGCCGGCCCUGCCCCUUCGAACAGGCACAGGGAGGCGAUGGGCCGGAGGAGCAGUGAGGGGCCCGGUUUAACGUGGCUAAGGUCUGAUUCCGCGCCAACUUCUGCAAGGACCCUCUGCGCGCCCCGUGGCGUGUGCAGGAUCCGCCCCGCAGCCCCCUGCAAGGCGGGGUAAGGCCUUGGGACCUUUCGGCAAGGCCCGGGGUUCGAGAGACCGCACGGCUGAAAUCCCCUUUCCGCCCCUGGGGCGGCUCUCCAUCACCCCCUCCCCGGCUCCAACCCCCGGGGCAGGGACCCCCACAAUACCGCCAAACUGGGCUACAGGCCUGGGCCGAGCGUGUCGCGAGCUUUGCACAUUCCUAUGGCGCGACUGUUUGUAGGAAAUUAGCAAUAAAGAAAUUUUGUAUUGUC